GUGGCAUAUCAAAAUUCUUCUACUAUCCUCUUGUAUAUGUUCUCUUCCGAUUUAGAGUUGCAUUCUGAGGUAUUGUCCGUUUUGGGUUGUGUGUGAACCCUCACGGAUUUGUCCUUUGUAAAAGAUAUCCCGGUCUCGGUGGAUUGAGGAGUGUGAGUAUUAUAUUGUAUAUAAACUACCAUUUCUCUCGAUUCUUAAACGAUGCGAGACUUUUAAGAUGAACCGGAAUGUGUUCUGUAGAUAAAAAAAAAAACAUCAAAGAAACACAUUAAAUGAUAAACCCUUGUAUGUUUUUAUUAAUCACACACCUCUUUGGGACUCUAAAUCUUCACAACAUCAUUAUGUUACAUUAGAAUACACAAAAUGUCAUCCGCAGUAAGAGAUCAUAGGAUCAUUCGCCGAAUGACAAGCCUACCACGAAGCUUAAUGAGCUUCGUGGGAAUAGGAAGAAGAAGAAGAAAUCAAAAUACAAAUUUUCCAUUGCAACCUCUAGACACUCCUCAACCACAAAGCUCCUUAGCAACUCCAGACGAGUGGAUUUUUCUAGACAACUUUGAGCAACAAUAUGGCACAAAACAUCCCUUCUUUUACGCUUGUCGUUUCAUUGAAGCUAUGAAGUUAGCAGAACAAGAUAAAAAGUUUGUGUUCAUGUAUCUCCAUUCACAAGAACACCCUUUUGCAAACGUGUUCUGCAAGGAAACCUUGUGUUCUGAGCUAGUGACUCAGUUUCUUGAUGUGAAUUUUGUUUGUUGGGGUGCACUUGCAGAUAGAGGAGAGGGUUUGCAAAUGGUUGCAUCAUUGAGACCUUCAAGUUUUCCUUGUUGUGCUGUCAUAAGUCCUGCUCCUAAUGAUGGCAUAAUUGUGUUGCAACAGCUAGAGGGACCACUUUCACCUGCAGAGCUAGUGGAGAUUCUACAAACAACAUUGGAAGAACAAGGGUUAGCUUUUGGAAGUGCUAAAGCGAAGCGAGAUGAAAAGAUCCGAGCAGAUCGUAGACUUAGAGAAGAGCAAGAUGCUGCAUAUUUUAAGGCUUUGCAAAUAGACAAGGAAAAAGAGAAACUCAAAAGUUUAUCUUCAAAAGAGAGAGUUCAGAAGCCAGUGGAAACACAAAACACUAGAAAUUAUGGGAUGUUAAGGAACAAUUACGUUGAUGUCACUAAAUUUCAUAACAAAGGAAAUGGUUCCACAAGUGAAAAACAAGACAAAGGAAGAAUCACAAGUAGUGGAAAGGAGACUCAAGUUGCACAGAUACUCAUAAGGUUUCCAAAUGGAGAAAGAAGAGAACAUACAUUCCUAUGCACAGACAAAAUUCAGUCGAUUUUUUCAUAUAUUGAUUCAUUAGGUUUGUCUGGAAUUGAGAACUACAGAUUGAUAUCAAAUUUUCCAAGAAGAGUUUAUGGUGUUGAUCAAAUGAGAAUGACUCUUAAAGAUGUUGGCUUGUAUCCUAAAGCUAGUUUGUUCUUGGAGCCUUUGUGAAGAGGAGUCUCAUAAGCCAUAAACCAUGUUAACAUGUAUUAGAUAUUAUAUAUAUAUAUAUA